AUGGGCAAGAAGCCGGAGAAGUUAAAAAAGCCGGGCCACCGAAAGGCGGAGAGGAGAGGAGGAAUUGGCGUUGGAGCGCUCGUUGGUGCUCUGCUUGCGGCGGCAGCGGCAGGCUACUAUGUCUACUCGUCUCGUGCGACGCUGGUGCCAGCCGUUCGCCGUGGCAGCGUGGGAGGAGGAGGCCAGAACGCGGCUUCCUCGAGAUCGGCUGCGGUGGCGGGGGAGACCGAUGCUCAGCGGAAGCGGCGACUUCUGAACGAGGGCCGCAUGGACCCGUCGAUGCAGCGACCGAAAUGCAAGGACGCCUCGUUUGGCUGCUCUGGCGAGUGCUACCGCAACACCGAGUACAUGCUGCGCACCUGCUGCCUCUCCUGCUCGCCGGACUACGACGACCCGUGCACGCACAACCCGACUGAGCGGCGCGCGGUGGCGGAGUACCCGCAGUAUUCUCCUCGUGUGCUCUCGCGGGACCCGUGGGUGGUCACCUUCGACAACCUUCUCUCCGACGAGGAGACGGACGGCAUCGUCGAGGCAGUGGGCGGGAAGAGCGGCGAGUACCUCAAGCCGUCCACCACCGCAAAGGCGACGCGAGGCAAGGACGGGCGCGUCGUGCUGCAGGACGUGCCCGACCAGAUCCGAACCUCGUACAACGCCUGGUGCCAGCACCCGGGCUGCUACAACCACCCGGUGCACGAGCGCGUCAUCGAGCGCAUCAUGGACAUUGUCGGGCUGCCGCAGAACAACGCAGAGCACAUGCAGCUCCUCAAGUACCACCCUGGCGAGUACUACCGCCUCCACCACGACUGGAUCCCCGAGCAGCUGCAGGCGCUCUGCGGCCCUCGCGUCUUCACCUUCUUCCUCUACCUCUCCGACGUCGACGAGGGCGGAGGCACCCAGUUCCCGUACCUCAACCUGACCGUCAUGCCCAAGCGCGGCUCUGCGGUCUGGUGGCCGCACGGCCUCGAGGACAACCCGUGGAAGAAGGACGACCGGACGCACCACGAGGCGAUGCCCGUCCUACAGGGCGUCAAGAUGGCGGCAAACUACUGGAUCCACGUCGACGACUUCAAGCAGGCGAUGGCGCUCGGCUGCGACGGGCGGCAGGGGCAGCCGCGCCGCAUCUGGCGCAAGUGAUGUCGGCUGCGCGCCGGCCGCACACACGCCUGCACUCGCGCGAUCGUGGUCUGUGUCAAGUCGUCUCUAGUAGAGUGAGUCUCUAGGUGAGAUAGGCGUGGCGUGGCGGAAUGCUGUGAGUAGAGGACGGCUCUCUCCAGGGCAGCGCCGGAGAGGCCGUAGGCGCGCAAGAUGAGGGGGCUCUCGCACCGCUCCGUGACGCUCGCUAGACCGAGAGAGGCGCAGCUCAGUUCUGUGGGUGUGGCGUGGGAGAGUUUCGUGCUGAUUAUUACACUUUA